GGGUGGGUUGGCGGAGAGCAGUGACGUGCGCCUGACCGCCCUCGCCAAGCCGCAGGUUCAAAGAGAAGACGGCGUCUGGCUGCACCAAGCGCUGAGUUUCUCACCCCAUUGAGCUCAGAAAGUUCAAGAAAGAAGGCUGGGAUUCAUGGGGAGAUCAGGACAGAAGACUUUCCCAUUCUAUCACAACUGAGGCGGUAGAGUCAGCCGUUUGGGAAGUCUGCUUUCAGAAAGAUUUAAGAAUUCAUUUCCACAUACGGCCAUCUGGUUAUUUGAAGCAGUAUCCCACCAUGUGCCAUGCUGGUGUUGUCACAGGACGCAGAGAAGUCAAUGUUAGCAUAUAGCCAGCCAACAGGAAGUCAUGAAGUAUUCUGGAUGGAUGGCUGCUGGAAACCCAUUGCCAUAGCCAGCUCUUCUUCAAUAUUUAAGGCUUUAUCUGGGCAUUGAGUAAUGAGAAUUUUGAAACCAUAUUUGAGGAGUACGUCCAUCCAGUGCUAUUUGUGUUUACUUCUGAACAGUCAUUUCUUAACUGAGGCUGGCAUUCAUGUCUUCAUUUGGAGCUGUAUCAGUGCAAGCCUUCCAAAAACAGAGGCAAACUGGCAGGAUGUAAUAAGUGAUUUGAAAAAGUUUGAAAAUCUUAUUCAAUCUAUACAUAUUGAUGCCACUUUAUAUACUGAAAGUGAUGCUCAUCCCAAUUGCAAAGUCACAGCGAUGAAGUGCUUUCUCCUGGAGUUACACGUUAUUUGGCAGGAGUCGAAUAAUAUGGACAUUAGAGAGGUGAUAGAAAACCUUAUCAUCCUAACAAACUCCAGUUUAUCAUCUAAUGGGAAUAUAACUGAAUCUGGAUGCAAAGAAUGUGAGGAAUUGGAGGAAAAAAAUGUUAAAGAAUUUUUGCGAAGUUUUGUAAAUAUUGUACAAAUGUUCAUCGGCACUUCCUGAUUGCAGUGACCCUCUUCAGCAUUUCUGUUAUUUACAAACACUUUCCCAUUGCUCAAAGGCACUGAAACACUUUGCAUUUCCAGUGUGCUGCCAAAGAAGUUUUCUAGCAAGAAGAUGAUCAUGAUCUUGCGUUGGAUGAACUCUUAGAAAUGAAGGCAGAAAAAUGGCAUUGAGUAACAUGAUGUAUACGAACAUUUAUUUUUAAUUUAUUAUUGAAAUUGUACAUAUUUGUAACAUAAUAUAAAUUUUUGAAUAAAAUUAUGUACAUAUUUUAUCCUUUGAAA